GACCCUCGGCAGUCCGAAUGGUCAUUCCUUAUUUAGCCUAAAUAAAUUAUCAAUGAAAUUUUUAUUGUAACUUCAUGGUCUAAUACUAGUCAUACAUGUGAUAAUUUCUGGACGUUGCUUUAGCAACAUGACUGAGCAAAAUCUUGUUUGUUUACUGCAGAAGCCCUCUAAAAACCGUUCACAAGUCAUCUCAUAUCAGCUAUCAAAGAUAUUCAAAAAUUUGUAUCAAUUUUCGGCCUUAGAUGAUGAUAUAAUUUCAUACUUGCAGGCUGCGAAAGACAGUGAUGAUGUGAAACAUUCAUUGUAUAUAAAAGAAAUUGAUAAGGUUUUGGAAAGGCAUAAAGGUGUUGUUGAUGAGGUGAACACUGCGGAAUCGCGAAUUAGGGAUUAUAGUUUGAGUAAACCUUUAUUUCAUAACUUAGAAAACGAAUCGCCAAGAUCAGUACCAAGCAAUUUGCUUAGCUUUGAUGAAGUGGAUGACUCAUUUUUAGGUGACCUUGGCCUUUUGACGAAGGAGGAUAUUUAUUUUAAUGGAAAACCAAGAAGCCAUGGUUUUCCAGUUGUAAAAAGUUCUAAAAAUUACGAAGACGCUGAGAAUGUUGAUAUUUUACCAGCAAUCAAAUCAACCGUAAAAUCUAGAGGAAAAACCGAUCAACUUAAAAACUUUAAUCCUAAGAGUUACUUAAAAAAUGGUGAUAUAAUAUCAGAUAUAAAUUUAAUACCUCCUACAAGACAACUAAUUCCAUUUGGGAAAAGAACAAAAGAAAAUAGAUCGUUAUUCCAAGCUGAACCCGAAUCAAUUAUUUUUAAGUCUUAUCUAACGGGAAAUAUGUAUGAGGCUAUUGUUAAAAUACGCAAUAUUUCUGACAGUAGUCGACCAAUUCGAAUUCUUCCACCAAAAACAACAUAUUUUUCAAUUAAUGAGGGUAAAUUUCCACGACCAGGUAGUAGUAUAAUUGCACCGGGAAUGGCAGCUGUAUUUCUAGUACAAUUUUGCCCAGAUAAUGUUGGUGAUUUCGAAGAUGAAUUUAUGGUUAAAUAUGAAAAUCAACUAGAACCACUUUGUGUUAAACUGUUAGGACAAAAAUCACGACCACAACUUAAUAUACUUGAUUGUUACGAUUUGGGUUAUGCAUUAAAGGGUGGUGCAAGAGUAAACACUAUUCAACUAAAGAACUGUAAUGCAGAGAUUGCGUCUAACAGUAAAUUCCUUUUUAUUACACAAGAGGCAUUUAAUGAAUGUCAACAGUAUGGUGCAAAUAAUUUCACAGAAUUUUACUCGUUGCAUGUGAAUUCCUCUUCAAUUAGUUUAUGUUUGGAAUCAUUUUCUCUCAAACCAGUCAAUUUUGAUUUGGAAUCAUUGCAAUCGAUCACAAUAACAGUAGAAUUUAAACCAUUGUGUGCUGCAGAAUAUAAAUGGGAACUUGUAUUGAUUUCUGAUAAUGGUCAAUUUUUCCCGGUGACAUUCAAAGGUAGAGGGGAAGAACCUCAAUUACAAAUAAUCGAUAUUACUGAUCAGAAUCAGUUAUCUACUUCAAAUAAAUCGUCAACUACUUUUAGAAAAGUUGAUACUAUUUCAAAUGAUCAGUUUUAUUUCUAUCAAUUUCCAAAACAUUAUCCCCACACUAUUUCACCAAAAACAAUGACGAUAAGAAAUUGUUGCUCAGAACCUCUACGUUUUCAAUGGAUUCAGGAAGAUGAAUUCAGUGGAACAAAUCUUUCAGAGUAUACUUCAGAUAGUUUAAUUAAAAGUGAUGAUGUAUUAAAUCAACGUAAAUCUUUAUCAUCAACAAGUGUAAUAUCUUCAUCAGAUAAUCAAACCGAUAAUGAUGUACCAUUAUUAUUUACUAUUAAUCCAACAACUGGUAUAUUUGAAACGAAUGAAAUGAAACAUUUUCAAAUUUGUUUUAAUCCAACUCAAGUUGGAACAUUUAGAACACAACUGGCAAUAAUAUUGCUUGGUAUACCAGAAGUAGAUGAACAAGGAAAUUGUUAUAAAUUAGACAAAAAACAAUUAACAAUUGAAUUAGAAGGGACAGCAGAACCACUUUCAAUAUCAAUUGAACCACCAAUUUUGAUUAUUCCUGGGAAGUGUUUGCUUGAUGUUCCUGUAUACCGUACUGUGCAGUUAGUGAAUAAAUCCUCCAAUUGUUCUGUAACAUAUUCAUGGCAACAUAAUUUUAACACUGAAAGAAAUUCUAUCAAUUUAAGUGAUUGUACUCAAUCUACAACAGAAGUUCUUCAAUCAAGUAGACAACAAAGUUCAAAAACGUUUAAUGAAAUAGAAAAAUCAAAUAAAGCUUUAAUUGUUUUAGAACCAACUAUAGGUUCAAUUGAUCCUGGACAAUCAAUUAAUAUUGAUAUCAUGGUAUCAUCUUCAAAAUCUAUUAAAAUUAAAGAAAAUAUUCCAUGUUUUAUUAAUAUAUUACCUAAUAGUCCACUUUGGUUAUAUAUUGAAGUUGAAUUUUCGAGCCCUACCAUUAUUUUUGAUAGAACAGACUGUAACUUUGGUCUUAUGCGUCCGAAUGAAACAGCUGAAAUGGAUAUACUACUAACGAACACUACCCCCUCUCCAAGAAAAUGGUUUGUGAAAAUGGAAACAUUUAUUGACAAGUUUGGAUCUGACUUAGAAGCACACCCAUCUUAUGGAGUCAUAAAACCCUUCCAAUCAGUAAAAAUGAAUUUGGUUUUUACACCACAAGUAACAAGAAGUGUUCGUGAUAUUAUUACUGUACAUACUGAAGAUUCUGAAGAAAUAAGCAAACUUUUAUUCAUAGCAGAAGUUCAAACUCCACUGAUUGAUUUCCAUCCACUUCAUAUUGAUUUUAAUCAAUGUUUUUGGAAUGUUCCUGUCACUGAAACAGUAACAAUCACGAAUUUAAAUAUGUUGGAUUGUGAUUUAGAAUGGAUUGAACCUAUUGGAAAUGAUAAAGAAUGGGUUACAAUUAAUGUGAUUCCCAAAACUUAUCGAAUCAUAGGUCAACAAAGUCAAUUAUUUGAAAUUUCGAUAUGUGCUCAUAAACAGAAAUCAGUUGAAGAUCUUCAAAUCCCAUUACGUGUAAAUGGAUUGAAUGAGUUUUUAUAUUUACCAAUUACAGCUAAAGUCCAAGGAUUGUCAAUAAACUACUUUCCAUUCAAUCACGAUACAGAUUCAAUGUGCAAAGAAAGUUCUCAUGAAAAUAUCAAUAUUCCAAACAAUAAUUUAAAUGAAACAACGAUCUUAGACUUUGGACAAAAUAUUGGUCUUUUUGAACCGGUUGAAAAAUGGAUUGAAUUUAGGAAUAAUACACCAAUACCAACAAGAAUAUGCGUAGAUACUGGGAGAUUAUCUACAAAAACUAAUUAUGCUGAUUACGAGAAUUUUCCUCAUAAACCUAAACUUGGCGCUGUGAAAUAUUUAUUCAUAACAUCAAGACAAUCUACUGAAAAUUAUUUAAGUAGUCAAAAUGUUUUACACGACAUGGAUGAUCAUAAAACUCAAAUUAGGAUUCUUUAUGAUUGGUGUAAUUUAUUAUUGAAACAGUCGAAAGGUGCAUGUGUACUAGCACAUUCAGCUAUAUCAUCCACCAAUUAUACAACAGAUUUUCAAUUAGCCGAGCUUAAACCAAUUACUAUUAGUCAGUAUACAACUACGCUACCAACUAUUCCAUCAUGGUAUUUACCAGGAUAUGGUUCACUAAGGAUUUGUUUCAUAUGUGUAGCCAAUCUAUGGGGAGUUUAUGAAGAUAACAUUUAUAUUUAUGUAUUGCCAGAAUUUGAUCUUACAUCUGAAUCCUAUCUAUCACCUGUUGUAUUUUGUACAUCUUUCAAAAUAGUUGGAUGUCCAAUUUAUUCAUUAGCCGCAGGUCAUUUCGGUGAAUUAUCGAAUAAAGCAUUACUGAAUACUGAUGUAAAGAAUAAUUCAAUAUUUCCUAAAACUGCUUUACCAGUUAAAGCUACAAGACAAUUUAUACGAUUCGGUAGUGCAUUGUUUAAUGGACCAGUUGUUAAACGUCAAAUACGUUUACAUAAUUCAUGUGAAGCUGCUAUUCGGAUUGAUUGGCAAGUGUUUUUGGAUUCAGAAAUAGAAGAUCAUAAUCAAUUGAUUAAUCUUUUAUGUUUCAUAUCAGAACCUUUUAAAAAUGUUUCAUAUCAUCAUCAAUUGAAUAAAGAAAAAUCCUUGACUGGUGAAUAUUUAAUACUGAAUGAACUAUCAACUGAAGAUUUCGCUAAAAAUCAAUUAAUUAAUUUAGUACUUCGACCAUAUGAUGGAAAAUUAAUAUGGGAAUCAUCAUCAUCUCAAAUUAUUCCAUCAAAUAAUGAUAAUUUUAGUAAACUAUUCAUCAUAUCACCUGAACAGUUGAUAAUACAACCACAUGAAGAAGCUACAAUUACAAUUUUAAUGAAUCCAAUAGAAGCGUAUUCAGAUAUGAAAUAUUAUGAAAUUUUCAAUUUAAAAGCUCAUAUAAUUGGUUAUUUAACUAUAGAUUCAAAAUAUUAUUUGGAUAUUCCACGUACACAUGCAUUAAUCACAGAACAAUUACGUUUUGAUAUAACUGCUAAAUUGGAACAACCUAGACUCAUUAUUGAUCUAAACAAUAAUCCCUUGGAAAUUGUAAGCACGUCUCCUAAUCCUCCACGACCAAGGAUUCUGCAUUUUAAAUCAGGAUUAGGACAGUUUCUUGUUAAUUCCCUGAAAAAGAAAGCAGAAGAAAACACGGUUAGUGUACCUAAAAACUAUUCCUACCAAUCCAAGAAUUCGGAACAAGUUAAUCAACGAACGCAGAUUGAACGAAGAAUUCCACGUACACUUCUGAAUGAAACCAACUGUUUACUAAUAAGUAGUAUAGUCCUUUUACGCGACAUUCACAUAAGAUGCCCAAAUAGUAUACCAGUCACAAUCUGUAUAAAAGCAAAUGAAACGAAGUAUUUGGGAUUUCAUGUUAGAGAGGAAAAACCAUACAAUACGAACGAAGAUGAUGGUAUCAUUACAGACUCGCAAGAUGAUAAUUUGACAACAGUGAUGCCAAUGACAAAAAUGUCGUUUGAGCAACUCUAUAAACCACAAAUCACCUUAACUCUCAACCCAGGUAAAUUACAAAAGAUAACAGUUGGUUAUCUGUUAGAAAAGGAUUUAUGCCUUCAUAAUAUCAAUUCAAAUAAUUUGACAGAUUCGGCAAGCAGCUUACAGGUGAAUGAAUCUUAUUUCAUUUUAAAAAAUGAAAUUUUAUUUCAAUUUAAUCAUUUGAAUCAUAAUGAUAUUCAAUCAAAUUUCAAUAAUUCAAUAAUCAAUUCUUCAAUAAUCAAUAAUAAUAAUAUAAAUGAUCUAUUUAAAUUAUAUACACAAAUUACAAUUAUUCGACCAAAAUUUAAAUUAUUUCCUAAUGAUAAUUUAAAUUUUCAUACUAUUUUAAUUGGACAAAUAAAAAGAAUGGAAAUUAAAAUUCAAAAUUUAACACAAACUUCAACAUUUUGGUCAAUACAACAAUAUGAUAUAAAUAAUAAUCAACAGGAAAUAAAUGAAAAUAAUGAAGACAAUGUAUUCAUGGCAAAUAAAAUAUCAGGCUAUUUGAAUCCAUUUUCAUCUAAUGAAGAUGGUUAUUUUGAUUUGAUUACUGUAGAAUUCAAACCAAGAAAAUCUAUUCAGUAUGAAACUAUAUGGAAGUUUGAAGGAAUUUUGGGUGAAGAAGUACAAAUGAUCAAACUUACUGGUACCGGAACAUUUAAUGAAUAUUACCACACAUUUUACUAAUGAUAAUACAAUCAUUUAAACAAUAAUUUGAACAGAUUUUUAUAUACAACUGAGAGACAAAAUCAUAUGGAUUCUUUCUUAUUUCUUAGUUUUUGAUAAGACCUUCGUUUAUUCUUCUUCAUAUCUGUUGAUAAAUCUUUUAAUGACGUUUAUGAUCAAAAUAAAUAAUUAAGCUACAUUUUUUCACCUUUAAUGUUUAUAUUCAAGCAUACAGUAUCUUAAUAAACUGAUGACAAUCCUGUUUUUUC